UAACAAACCGAACACGAUUCCAACUCUCAUGUCUGUGGUGUCAUAGGAAUCUGUCAUAAGAUCAUCACUUACAAAGUCGCCGGCCUUUCGGGCAUCGGGGUAUACUUCAUGGCCCGAACACGGGGAGGUGCUACUAAAAGAAUGAUAUUCAGUUGACUUUCCUUUCUCCACCACCUGACAAUUCAAGCCACAAUGACAAACGUUCGCUCUUCAAUGCUCUUCCUUGAGCCAUGGCACGACAAAAUUGAAAACCCAUUCCUCCGGAGUGGCGCGCAGGAUGGAUACGAGGGCCAAAACUUCGAUUACAAACGGUCCAAUGUCGAGGUCACAGACGCACGAAAGACGAUGAGUCAAUUUGACCUGGACAAGAACGGGUUUACGUUUGUCAGCGAGACGCAAGCUGCGGCGCCCGAGAUUCUUGAGAAAUUGCGUCUCAAAGAUAAAGAGACCAUCGAAAACUUUUAUUACGACAAUAUUGAGCGGUUGGUCAAGUCCGUUACAGGAGCCUCCAGAGCGGUAAUUUUCGACAGCACGGUCAGGCAAAGGAUCAAAGGAUUGGCUGGAAAGAGCCCGACAGGGAGAGAACAGCCGGCAUUCUCGGUGCAUGUUGACCAAUCCCCGAUAGGCGCAAUAAGACGCAUUCACCAGUUGAUGGGUGAUGAGGCUCCGAACUUGCUCAAGAAGCGUUGUCAGAUUCUCAAUGUAUGGCGUCCCUUGAACGGUCCCGUCGAUGACUGGCCGCUAGGGUUAAUGGAUGCUGGCAGCCUCUCUGCGACUGACUGCCACCCUACUUUACUUUGGCGACAAAGCUUUGAUUUCCGCGGAUCGACAAUGUUUGUCACCCACAAUGAUGCUCAGAAGUGGUAUUAUCUAAACAAGCACAACACGGACGAGGUGACAAUCAUAAAGAUCUGGGAUAACAAGAAGAAUGUGCAAGCAAAAUGUUGCGCGCAUUGCGCCUUCGAGGAUCCAAGUACGUCGCCAGAUGCAUCGUUGAGGGAAAGUAUUGAGGUACGAUGUUUGGUCUUUUACGAGGAAGAGCUUGAAUGA